UGUACGUCAGGUCACACUAGAUCAAUACUGUCGCAGUGGACUAAUUUAGUGGCAUUUAAUUCUGUACUUCUUCUCAUUGUAUGCAUUUAUAUUUGCUCGACUGCAGUUUAAAUUUCCAAUGGCGUGUCCUGUAAGUCACACAGCAGCAGAGUUGAACCCAGCAGUCCUCCCUUUAGACUGGCUUCUGGGUACCUGGGAGUCGGACGAGCCUGGGGAGGGCUGCUUUCCCACCAUAAACCCUUUCCGCUACAUAGAGACACUGUACUUCAGCCACGUGGGACAACCAGUCAUCAACUUCAUGUUCAAUGCCUUCCAUGCAGAGUCUAAAAAGCCUCUGCAUAGGGAGUGUGGCUUCAUUCGAGUGCAGCCAGGAACCAACAGAGUGGCCUUUAUCAUCGCACAAAACUCAGGUCUGGUGGAGGUUGAGGAGGGGGAGCUGACAGGGCAGCAGCUGAACCUGCAGACCCACUCUCUGGCCAGAAUUUCUUUUGCCAAGGAGCCACAUGUACAGCAGAUUUCCAGAGUGUUUCAGCUCCGACCAGAUGGGAGGCUGGAGCAGACAGUUUCCAUGGCAACAGACAACCAGCCACUGAUGCAGCACUUGCACAUCACCUACCGUCGAUCAUCUUGACCCAACAAGCAGGCAGGCUUCUUAUACGCAGAAAUACCAUAGUCUGGAAUGACAAAUAAAAAAACAAAGCUUGAUCAAUAAUCAGUCAGAUAACCAUAUAAUCGAUUCUACAGUUAUGCACAUACCUAAAUCUGUGAUUAUGGUACGCAGAAUGUGGUUGUAGUGUCUGAACAGCGUACCUAUUAAAUUAAACUAAACCAUUAAUGGUGAAUGUUACAUUGCAAACAGGAAUAACAGAGCAUUGUUUAGGCACUACAGUGUAACAGAUGUGCCAAGUUCAUGUUACAGUCACAUUCAAAAAUAAUCUACACUGUGUGCAAAAUUAUUAGGCAAGUGAGUAUUUUGACCAUAUCAUCAUUUUUGAUGUGAUGUGUAUUUGUGUAAUGAGGGAGGGUGUGGCCUAAAGAGAUCAACACCCUAUAUCAAGGUGUGCAUAAUUAUCAGGCAGGUUCUUUUCCUCAGACAAAAUGGGCCGAAAAAGAGAUUUAACUGACUCUGAAAGGUCAAAAAUUGUAAAAAAAAAAAAAAAAAGCCUUUCA